AUGUCCGAUUCAGAGGAAGAAACAGCGACAGAUCAUCAGCUUAAGUUUGUUCUUUUAGGAGAUGGUGCAUCGGGAAAGGUAUUUGUGAUUGUUAGUCAUAAAGUAAAGCUAUUUUAGAUGAGUGGAGUUUUGUGUACAACUGUAUCACCACCAUUUAAGCUUACAUUUUGACGUCUUUUAUAAAUGCGUACUAAUGCACGAUUUUUGGGUUGUUUUAAGACAUCCAUAUGUGUGAGGUAUUCGCAGGAAAAUUUUGACAAAGCCUAUAAGCAAACGCUUGGACUGGACUUCUUUUUGGCGAGGAUUGUUUUACCAGGUUCGUGUAUGUUACAGGUCAAAAAGAGUUUUUAAUCUAGGUUGAUCCUAAAUGUCCUUUGCCUCCUAAGGCUAGGGCAUGUACGUUUAUAUAUUUGUGUUAUGAGAUGUAUAAAACUUAAAGCUAGUUUGACCCAAAGGGGGUUACUCCGGAUUUCAAGUGACAGGGAUGAUCAAACAAUUUUUUUGGGUAGGAAGAUUUUGGCAAGUAUUUUUUUGGGUAUUCAAAACUAAUGUUUCUAUUCAGUUAAUGCUUCCUGGAAAUUUUUAUGGCGGGGAAAUUCGGCAUGGGAUUCUUGGGGGGUUAAAGUUUGGUCCAGGGAUUUUUUUGGGUUUUGUUUGAAGCCCUAGGGAUUUUUUUGGCUUAAUUAUAUUAUCAAUCCUUUAAAUGUGAAUUGUGGUCGGUUUGCUGGAGGCUGUUUGGAGAAGGCAGCGUGGCCAAGCAGUUAGAGCACUGGACUUGCAAGUCCCGCCCUCACCACUAGCUGGAUUUGUUUACGGUAGUCCCAAGUUCAAAUCCUCAACCAUGCUUGUACAUGUAAAUAGCCAGCUGGUUUGCCAGGCCAGCUGGGAUUCUUAACCCUGUUAUGUUUGAUUUGAAUUAUUUGUUUCAGUCAUUUGCUCGGCCCCACUAGCAUAAGUGCUAUAAAUGCUGCUGAGGGGAAUAAGGGAAUUAUUUAUUUAUUUAUUUAUUUAUUUACCAUAGGAAAUGUGCACGUCACUUUACAAGUGUGGGACAUUGGAGGACAAACUCUGGGUGGGAAAAUGUUAGAAAAAUAUAUUUUUGGAGCUCACGUAAGUUCUAGUUUCAGUAACUUUCUAUUUAAGUUACAUGUAUACGUAACGAUAUCAUUGCAAAAUAGAAUUACAGUUGAACCUCCAUUAAGUGGCCAUUUAAGGCUGUUAAGCAGCCACCAUCCAUUCAACGGCAAGCAAUCAAAGUUCCAAAAUUGAUUUGGAGAAAAUAAUUGUAAAUUAAACCUAUAUUAAGCAGCCACUUUUAUCAAAUGGCCAUGGCUACCUUUUGGCCAUCCCAACUGCGCCAAGAAGGUGGGUGCUUGAGGUAUGAUCCGUAGUAAAAAUCGAUAACUUUUCAAAAUUUUCAAGUUUUAGAUGAUUAGAUAGAGCUUGGGAGCAUGAAUUGAUCAAAAGUCCUUGUAAUUCUAAGGCUUACUUUCCGGCAAAUAAAAUGAACUGAAUGUAAAAAGUGAAAUAGAAAUGGCGAAAAAUCAAACUUCUAAUUAAAUCUUUUCUUAUGGUUUAGAAUAAAGUAUUCUCAAAACUGAGAAUGUUUUGAUCAAAGCUGUGUAAAUCGAACCGAAACUGUGCAUGGAACCUUGCGUUUAUUUCCUGUAAUUUAUCUCACCUAUCGGUAUAUUUCAAAGAGCUACACAAUGAGCAAGAAUACUAUUGACCAACAAUAUACAGACCGGGGGCAGCUGUAGUGUCAACUAUUACUAGUUUGUAUAUUUUUGCUAUUUAUAAGAUUACGACAGCAGAAAAUGGUCACUUUGCACUAGACAGUUAACCCUGUUGACACCUCGCACAUGUGGCAGUUACAUAUAAGCACAAGUAACACAUGGUCACCAGCAAAAUUAUGUUUGCCAUGUUUUGUUGAGGGCUGCCCUUCCCUGAUAAUGUAGUAUGACAGUACAACAUAAAACAAAGCAGUCAAAAUCAAUGUAACCAAUACAGUUUUGGUAAUACGAGAAGAAAAAUGGUCAUACGUCUCAGUAGUUUCCAAUUUUUCAAGUUAACUAAAACACAAGUCAAAUGAUUGUGGAAAAUUAUUGAUGUGUAUAAUUACAUAGAUGUGCUUAAUUCUCUCUCACUUGUGACAUGAGGACAAGACCAAGAAACUUUGUUGCUCUUCAGGUGCCACUCAGAAGGAAAAGUUACUUUUCAAGCUACAUGAACAUCAUCAGCUUUUCUUUUGCAGGCUGUAUUACUUGUUUAUGAUGUAACAAAUCAAAACAGUUUUGAUAACCUUGAAGACUGGUAUGAAACAGUGAAGAAACUUUGUGAUAAAGAUGGUUCUAGGUUGCCACACAUUGCCCUUGUAGCAAAUAAAAGUAAGUUGUAUUUGAAAAAAAAAACAGCUUUAUGUCCCCUCCUGAAAGCAAAUUAGGGGGCAUAAGACAUUUGUUCUUGGAGCCUUUUAAUGUUUGUUUUUUAAAAUGGUUAAAGCAAAUCAUAUAGUGUCAAACCCAGGCAGCCUGAUAGUUAAUAAAGACAAACACAACAAAAUGAGUAUAAAGAGGCUCAUAACUGAAUAAAUUUUUCCAGGGAUUAUUUGAAUAACACGUAGAAAACGACUAAAUUGGAAAUAAUUAUUUAUAUCGUACAAGCUGAAAACUAUGCAAACCAUGUGACCUAAUUAUUAAUAAUGAUUAAAACUUUAUUACAAUGUAAUAUUAAUAUCUUUCAGUUGAUCUGGAACAUCAGAGAGUAGUAAGAUCAGACCGACAUGGGAAAUUUGCCCAAGAACAUGGGAUGUCAAGGUGAGACAACACAAUACAUAACUUAAGAAAUAACAAUUAUAAUAACCCUGAGAAAUUAAUAUCUCGCUUAACCAGGCAUGUUACUAAGGACCGGAUACUAGGGAUUUUCCCGGGCCUUUAUGAGCAUCAUCCCCAGCUACUUUCAAAGGAAAGAAAAGGAAAAAAGAACCAAAAAAACUUCCAACAUUUAACUGUCCAAUUUUUUGCCUCCUAAUUAAAUAAUAUACACAACAAGUUGAAAUCUCAGUGACAGUCCUGCAGUUUAGUUCAUGGAGCGUCCUUUCUGUGAAAAUGUGUUUCUUUUAAAUUUCUUAAUAAAAACGUAGAAUUUUACCAAAUCACUAAACAGGGUUAUGCAACUUCACAAAUCAGGUAAAAAUUCAUUAAGUGAUUGCAAAGGUAUAGUUGUACAAGGGUGAAUUGCAGUUUAAACACAAUAGAAAUUACAGUGUGUAGAUGUUAGCUCCAUUGUAGUAUCACAGCUAGCAUGUGUCUAGUAGUGGAGUCAUCCCAUUGAGUAGCUAGCACAGCCUUUGUUUCUAUUCAAUUCUAUAAUUUUAAAUUCUGUAAAACAAAAGAAAGAAACGACAUGCUGCUUUCUUUGCAGAUUGUUUAACUGUUGUAGGCUCUGUCACCACAAGUUUUGAAUAACACAAAUACUAAAAAAAAAAAUCAUUAAAAUCAUGUGGUAAAAACAACAUUUAAAGCCUCCAACCUUGCAAGUUUAACAUGUUCAUUUACCUUUCAGUUAUUAUGUUUCUGCCAAGACAGCGGACCAGGUUAGAACACAGAAUAAUAUGUUAUUGCAUUUACAUGCAGCUGUACAUAACUACAUUUUCCUUUUUACUCAGAAGAGCACUAUGGCACUUACUUGUUUAAGCAGUGCUUAUUUAGCGGCAGCUACCUUUUGUAAAAAGCCGCAGUCUCUUUUGUGAAUUACAGUGUCUUUUAAUCUCUUUCUUUUUCUUUCUUUUGGUCAAAAACCAUAACUGCAUAAGGACAUCUAACAUAUUUGUCUCAUUUGACAAUUUUUAACAAUAACAAUAAAGCAAUGCUGGAUUAACUUCUUCAUGGUUUUUUUUUCUGAGUGCAAUGCUUAUGUGGAGCUAUAUUAUGGGCUGCACCACACAGAUCAGUUGGAAUGACAAUGGUCUGCUGUAUGGAAAGUCGUGAGUUCAAACUCCAGGCAGACUGCCAACCUGUGUUUUGCUGUUUAGGUCAAGCUGACCGUGAUUUGAGAUCUUAUCUCACUUGAGAAGGGCAAGUUGUUAAGCCACUGGCCUUGUCUCACUUGAACCCACCCAAUUGUUUGAAAGACGUUGGUCGUCUUAACUUGUUUUGUCUUUGAUUUGAUAAUAAUUUUUGACUCUUGAUGCCUUGUUUCAAAAUAAAAUUUCUUUUGAAUUCUGUGUGUCAACUUUGGACUAAUUAACAAAAAAAUAAUAAGAGAAAAGUAACAUUGCCAACACUUUGGAAUAACUUGUAAUGGUUUAGCUAAUAACUGAAUAAAAUUGUAUCAAUUUCAGAUCAGCCUCUGCUUUCAAAAAAUAGCUGCAGAAAUAUUGGGAAUUAGGUUAACAAAGAAUGAAAUGGAACAACAGUCUGUAUCCUUUAAUAAUAAUGUUCACAAUAAUUUUUAGUAAUGUUUUGUUACUUUUAUGCAUGAAAAGGUUUUGAGGGAGUCAAAAUUUUGUUUGUUUUUAAUUUUUUUAAUGUGACAUAUUUCAUUUUAAACUGUGAAUGGUCUGAACCCAGGAGUCAUUUCAUAAGUAGGUGGAAUAUGAUUGUCCAGGUGAGUGUAGUCCUGAAUAGGACUGUUGUUGACAGUGACUGACGUUUCAACAACCUGCAUAGUAGUCUUUUUCAAAGUCAAAGUGAUUUGUAUCACAUCAGUUUAUGGUAUUAAACUCUGGUUAGGAUGUGGUUAAAACUCCACAACUUAUGAUCAUUAAUAAUUUAGAGUUCAGGUAUUUAAGGGACUAACACAAAAGUUGAACUGGAGGUGGAUUCAUUUCCAUGAUACAUAUUUAUCACUGUUGCAUUCAAUAAAAAAUUCCCAAUUAUGGGCAUACAUUUGUCUAGUCCCUGUACGGCAUGUUCCAUAGAGAGACUAGGCCUUCUAGGUCAAUGCAUUUUGGUGAUGUACCAGAGACUAACAGCCUCCUCUCACUCAGACCACAAGACCCGAGACGCAUAGGGCCCCACAGAAAAGUGAGGCCUAGGGAUUAGGCAAAACAUACAUGCAGACUAUACAUGUACAUUGCACCCUAAGUAAAUUAGAAAGUCUUAUGUUAGCAAGAAAAAAGCUCAUCAAAAUCAUUGGAUCUUUGUAACUUUGUGAUUAUUUUAUUACCAUGCACGAAAACUUGGGGAUCAGAGAAGAUAGUAUGGAUUGUCAUGCGGUCUUGUUCAUUUAGGUCUAGAUGAUCAAGUUUUGACUUUAUUACCAAGAAAUUUUUGAGUUCAUUCUUAUGAUUUUCCUUGACCAUUUUGCUUUCAGAGAGUAAUCAAGGCUGACAUCAUUCAAUACAGCAACCAUGAAAUGCCUUCAAGAGCAGCGCCCACUCAAACAAAGAGUUCCAUUUGUUCACUUCAGUGA